AUGGAGGGUCGUCACCAUAUCUCUGUUAGUAUUGAUACGGCUGGUGAUAGGUUCCCUCAAUGGAGUAUUCAAGAGACAAGAGACUUCUUGAUGAUUCGAGCCCAGCUCGAUCCAACUUUCAUGGAAACCAAACGCAACAAACCUCUUUGGGAAGUGAUCUCCACAAAGAUGAAGGAAAAGGGUUACAAUCGCAGCGCUGAACAGUGCAAGUGCAAGUGGAAAAACCUUGUUACCCGAUACAAGGGAUGUGAAACGAUGGAACCAGCAGGUAUUCGCCAACAGUUUCCAUUCUAUAAUGAGCUACAAGCGAUUUUUGCUGCGAGAAUGCAAAGAAUGCUAUGGGUUGAAGCUGAAAGCGGCGCGAAGGGGUUAAAGAAGAAAGGGGCACAGACACAGCUAUCUUCAGAUGAUGAGGAUGACGAAGACAGUGAUGGAGAGAAAGGAUUAGGAAGCAGUAAGAAGAAGAGGAAGAUUAAGGGCAAUAGUAGUAACCCUGGUAGUAGUAGUAGUUAUAUUAGUGGAAAUAUCAGUAGUUUGAGAGACAUGUUGGAGGAGUUCAUGACACAACAGAUGCAAAUGGAGAUGGAAUGGCUGAAAGGCUAUGAAGCAAGAGAAGAGGAGAGAAGAAUGAAGGAGAUGGAGUGGAGACAAACCAUGGAGGCCUUGGAAAAUGAGAGGGUAGUGAUGGAUAGGAGGUGGAGAGAGAAGGAAGAACAAAAAAGGAUCAGAGAAGAAGUCAGAGCUGAGAAGAGGGAUGCUCUUAUUACAGCCCUUUUAAACAAGCUUAGAAAUUAG